AUGUUUAAAGGGUAUAUUGAUUCGAUAUUUGAUAUGAAGCCAAACGAAGAAUUGUUUAAAUAAUUGUUUCAGGGAGCCUGUCAUCUUUACAAAUCGUAUUUAGAUAACAAAAAUAGAAAAUAAUUUGAUGUUUAUUUUUCAAUAGAUAUGUUGUAAUGGGAAAAACAAGUUAUUUUAAGAAUGAAACAUUGCAAGAUCUAGACGAAAUAAUUUUACGAGUUGAGGCAAUAGAAAAUAAUAUUGUAAAAAACUCAAAUGAGUGGAAAUAUCAUUAUCUUUUGGAGUAAAUGGUUGGGAAAAUCUUAUAAUAUAAUCCUCUAUUACCAAAACACAAACUACCCCAGGUCAUUAGAUGACAUAAAUUAAAGAAGAAUUUAAAAAACAAAGUAUUUUCAAACGUUGGCUUCUCAUUUUUUGACUUACCAGUGA